AUUAGAAUCGCUAUUGUUGAAUGACACGAGGAGAAACACCCGUGAUUGAACGAAUUUAGACGAGAUAUUUAGCUAAUUUCCUCUGGCUUCCCGUGAUGCAUCGCUUUAUUUUGUCUAGUAGCUCAGGGAGAUGAUAGAAAAACUGUCAGAGCCACCCUCCCCUCUCACCCGACCAAGGCGAGCCCCGGACAGCAUCACCGACAUGCCCCGCAAGACAGAGCUGUCUUAGCCGGUGCGGCUUGCCUGCUCCACGACCAUUUACACCCUUUUACAAGAUACUCGACAGCUGCGUAUUUUUAGCCAUAAGGUUGCAAGGCUGGUGUGUGUCUGAAACUAAUCAGCCAUGGCAUCAGCAAAUGUUACACUGGAAAAUCAGCUGCACAGCGCACAGAAAAACCUGCUCUUCCUCCAGCAGGACCAUGCCAACACGUUGAAGGGGCUACAUGCAGAGAUCCGCAGAUUACAACAGCAAUGCACAGACCUGACAUAUGAGCUCACAGUGAGAAGCUCUGAUCCCUCAGACAGCAGUGAGGUGCGAUGCAAGGAGCUGCAAAGGAGGUGUGAGGAGCUGGAGGCCCAGCUGAAGAAGAAGGAGGAGGAGAACACAGAGCUGCUCAGGGACCUUGAGCAGAAGAACGCCAUGAUCUCUGUCCUUGAAAACACCAUAAAGGAGAGGGAGAAGAAGUACCUGGAGGAGCUCAAGAUGAAGAGCCACAAACUGGCUGUUUUGUCCGGGGAGUUGGAGCAGAGAGCAAGCACUAUUGCGUACCUUACCUCACAGCUUCACGCCACCAAGAAGAAGCUGUUAGCCGGCAGUUCAUCUGAGGCCAGCCCCAACGUCAGCCCAGUCACCUCAUACAAACCCACGCCUCCCCCGGCCAAGGACAGGCAGCCUGAAACCCCACGGCGCCGCAUGAAGAAGAGUCUCUCCCAGCCUCUUCACCCAGAGUUGACAGAGGUGUAUCGGCUCGGCCCGGACGGUAGACGCCUGGUUCUGCGGGAGACUGUAGACGCCAUGCCUGACCCCACACCCUUCUUGCAGGCUGGGAGAGACUCUCCUGAACCACAGGUAGUGCGAGAACGGCCUGCCGUUAUCCCUCCUAUUGCCUCCGAGCGCUCCCCUAUCGGGCCCCUGGGUGCCAUGGCCAGCCCUCGUCACAGCCCCGCUCGGGACCGUCAGUACAGGGCUCAUGUGGGUGUGGCGCACCGCAUCCCACAUUGCACCCCUCCCUUGGCCCCACCGCAAGCAGAGCUGGAGACACUGGCAGUGGACCAGGUCAACGAGGAGAAGGUUGUGCGGAAGCGCACCGGAGCAGACAGGACAGUUUAACACUGCAAUGCUAACAUGCACAGAAACGCACAUCUACUGUAUACACACUACACUGCAAGAGCCGGAAGAAGCCUGACCCACUGUGUAGCCUGCUUUCUACGCAACACUGCAAUAUGAAAAAAAAAGAUCAUUUUGUUCAUGGUAUUCCACAAAGACUUUUGUUUUUCUUAAUAUACAUUGGAAAAGGACUAAUAUAAAGCAUGCCAAAAUGUUUCUUAUUUAAGACCCAAUGAGAUCUUGUAUUAUACACAUGUUGACUUUUUGCUUAGACUUUCACUUCAUUCUGUCUCAUGUGGUGCGUACAACAAAGUCUCAGCCAAAUAUCUGCAUCAGUGCCUGCUUUACUGGUUCAACCAUACACAACGCUGUGUAGUCAUGGCUAAUAGUUACCUUUACAUAUCUCUGUUUGCUCCAUCUUCUCAACAAUAGUCUGGACAUAUCAACAAACUAUAUAAUACGAUGUCUGCAGCUGCAUAGGGUAGAACUGAAAUUAUUAAACUAAUACUCCCCAAAUGUCUUUCAUCUUCUUCUAUAUCAGUAUAAUAACGUUACUAUAGGUGUGAGCUGCAUAGUGUGCAGUUGGAAUUUGCUGCAAAAACAGCAGCGGUGCACAUGUGCAAAUGCAGUAUGAAAUGAUGGUGAUCAGGGCGUAUAUUUGUGUGCGAGAGAGAGAGAGAGAGAGAGAGAGAGAGAGAAUGAAGGCCUGGGAGAAAAUUAAGUUUUGGCUUAAACAAUAUCCAUUGAUGUUAUUUGUGAUACAAGGGCAUUUUUGAAAACACUGCUGUAAUAGGAUUUUGUGAUAUUACUAACUGUACUUUAUAAAGGCUGUACAUUUGUAAUGAAUUAUUUUUUAAUUUAUUGUUUUAAUAGAGAACACAAAAGCACCUCAGAUAAUGACGGUAGCCACUGCACCACCAACAUGACGGUAAUUAUAAUCACUUAAUAACCUGCUUUUCACAUUAAUAUCUCUUGUCCUUGAAGUAUAUGUAUAAAUCAGAACAAUAAAGCAAUGCUCUUUUGG